GACGCACCCAAACUCCGGCGAAACCUGAGCUCCCCGGCCGCCAUGGACGGUAGCAUCUCAGCAGGUGACGCGCUGCCGUGGCAGCCGUGGAAGAACAUCUCGGCGGAAAUGCUCGGCCGCGUGCUCGGCAACAUGCCGAGCCUCGCUGACCGUGUCAGGGCGCGCUCCGUCUGCCGCUCGUGGCGCGACGCCGCGGCCACCCAGCGCCUGCCGCUGCCCCUCCCUAUGCUCGUGUUCUCCCGGUUCAGCUUCGCCUGCUUCGCAAGCUUCUCCCCCACCAUGGAGAUCACCGAAUUCAGCAGCAUCCCGUUGUGCAAGGACGCGACCAUCUUCUGGGUUGGAUCGUUCGACGAGUGGCUGGUGGGGAUGCGACGCAGCAGCGAACGCAAGGCCGACGGCCAUUGCUUCCUGGUGAAUGCCUUCUCCCGGGAGACGAUCCGCCUACCACAUCCGCGUGCUUUCCAUUUAUUGGGUCACUCCUGCAAGGCUCUUCCUAUAGUCAAUACCUCACAUCCAAUUCAUAUCAAUGUCCAUGCACCAGAGUACCCGAUUCAUUUCAGAAAGGUGAUCUUAUCUGCUCCGCCUGCCUCUGGCGCAAUGUGCAUUGUGGCUGCCAUUUCUCAUAAUACCCUUGCUCUCUGGCACCCUGGGAUGAGUUCAUGGUCCGUGUGCCGAAGCAUUAGAAUCAAUGUUUCAGCUGAUAUUGCCUUCUACCAGGGGAGGAUCUACAUGGUCUCUGCAAAUCCAACGGGCCUGCUCAUCCUGUUCUUUGAGCUUGAAGAGGUUGACGACAGAGUUACGGUCUCAUAUGCUGAACAGUGUGUUACAGAGCCGCUACCCCUAGUGAAGGGUUGUCUGGUACAUCAGUGCUGCAUUGUAGAAUGGCAUGGGAAACUAGUGCUGAUCAUAAUGUUUGCUGAUUGUGACGUCCUAAAAAUAACUAUUAGGAAAAUUGGGAUAUAUCCUCUGGACUUCAGCACAAACCCUCACAGCUUCACUGAGAUCAACAGCUUGGAUGGUGAUUGUCUCUUCAUCAGUUCGUGCAGCAGCAAGUCCUUUCCUGCUUGUCAGUAUGAUGGAGCCAAUGGUGAUUUCGUCUACUUCGUUAGCAACUAUAACCAACAGACUACCAGUUCUGAUCCUUCUUUUGAUGUACUUGUGUACAAUGUGAGAGAUGCUAAAAUGAUAGAAUUCCCUGUUUUGGUACCUAAGGACAACUCUUGGCCAUUCUUGGACAACCUGUUGUGGCUCUUUCCACCGAAAUGAAUUCUUCUGAGAAAAUCCGAUCAGAUCAUAUCAAGAGUAUGACAGUGCUAAUGUGGCCUCGUAUGACUGUGCUCAUGCAAGCCAGUGAUGGUGUUUUUCUUUCCUUUUCAUGACCGACAUCUUCUACUGUUGGUUGUUCUCAAAUACUUUGAGUACAUGUCAUAGAUCUACAUUGUUUGCAAAAUACUUACCGGUGCCCUGUUUACGCACUGAAAUUUUGAUCUACCUUGUCAGUGAUUUCACCUACAAAGUUUGAAGUAUAUGGGAUGGC